UUUUUCCCUGUUUGAUUCCUUAGAAAAUGCAGGGAGAAACCAUUCGUUCUGUACUUUUAUAUACAUACAUAUAGAUAUCUACAUAACCCCCUGCCAUCUUCUUCUUUCUUCCCCGAUCUCAUUUCCGCACUCUUCCCCUCUCCUGCAAAACCCUAAUUUAUUCGGAGAUCUCCCUCCGCAAAACCCUUAUCGCGAUCGGCCCCGAUCCAAACCCUAAUUGUUGUUGGAUUGAUGUUCGAUUGACAGAUCUGAUCUGUCCGAUUCUAGAUUUGGAUCGCAUGUUGUUGAGUUUUUCGGCGAAUUUAGUGUGAUUUAUUGAAGAAGGGAUCUGUUGGUUUGAUUUGAUUUAACAAUGGCAGCUCCUGUCCCCCCAGGGGCACCUAGAGCCACGAAUACACCGCCACCACCACCUAAUUACAAUCCUAAUUAUCAAAGAACGCCUGAUUCGUUAGCUGAAAAUAUGCAAAACCUGCAAAUUAAUCGGCCACCUUCUGUGCCCAAUUCUACCCCUAGACCUCCUCCCUCUUAUAUUCAAUCCCCACCUUCCCAUUCAUCAGCCCCUUAUUCAGCUCCUCAGCACUCUGCCCCUUUUCCUAGAGGGGCGCCUGUUUCUAGGCCCGGGCCAUCUCCAGGGCCACAGUCAGGUGUUCUGGCAAGGCCAGGAAUGGCUCCAUCUGGACCUCCACAAUCCACAUUCCCUCCGAAUAUGGCUCCAGGAAGGCCCUCUGGUUAUCCUAUCAGUCAGGCUCUGCCCUUUGGGUCGAGACCGUCUACUGGGUCCUUUCCCUCUCCUAUGGGUGGUCAAGUUACCACCUCUUCUGGGGCACCUCCCAGCGCAUUCGCUUCCUCUUCUGCCGCACCUCCUAGUGCAUUCCCAGCUUCUGGUUUCUCAGCUGGCCCAGUUAUUCCCCCGGUGGCUGCCCGACCUGGUGUGUUUGCAUCUUCUCCUUUGUCCACAGGUCCGAUAAUUCCCCCUUCAAGUGCACCUGGUGGGCCCACUAGUAAUGGGCCACCUAUGUUUGCAUCAGCAGCAUUGCAAGGUGGACCUCGGUAUCCCUCGGCUGACAAUACAAUGCAAACACCAGUUGGGCAUCCCCCUACAAUGAUGUCAACUCAGGCACCUUCCCAGCCUCCAACCAUGCGAACUCUCCUCGGAAGUACAGCUCCCAAUGUUCCACCAGGUCCUCCAGUGCAAACAGCCCCAACAGCCAUGCCAUUUUCAGCUGCACCUCAAGGUGUGCCACCGCCUUCUGGUUCUCCAUAUGGCCUGCAGACAUGGCCAAUGCAACCACGGCAGGUGGCUCCACCACCAACAAUUCCUGGUUCUGUGCAACCACCUAGAAUGUUUGGAAUGCCACCACCACCGCCAAAUCAAUCUAUGGCUGCUAUGCCACCUGCUAUGAGUCAAACUGGAGCACCUUUGGCAGGUCCAUCAAAGAUUGAUCCUAAUCAAAUUCCUCGGCCCAUUCCAAAUACCUCUGUGAUUCUGCAUGAAACUCGUCAGGGCAAUCAGGCUAACCCUCCUCCGCCCGCCACAAGUGAUUACAUUGUUAGGGAUACUGGGAAUUGCAGUCCACGAUACAUGAGGUGCACCAUCAAUCAGAUCCCAUGCACUGCUGAUCUUUUGACAACAUCAGGAAUGCAGUUAGCCUUGUUGGUCCAACCUUUGGCCCUUCCUCAUCCAUCUGAGGAGCCCAUCCAAGUUGUGGAUUUUGGAGAAAGUGGUCCUGUUCGAUGCUCCCGUUGCAAAGGUUACAUUAAUCCCUUCAUGAAGUUUAUUGAUCAGGGAAGGCGUUUCAUCUGUAACUUAUGUGGAUUUACUGAUGAAACACCUCGUGACUACCAUUGCAAUUUGGGGCCAGAUGGCAGGCGUAGAGAUGCUGAGGAAAGGCCUGAGCUAUGUAGAGGAACAGUGGAAUUUGUUGCUUCAAAGGAAUACAUGGUGCGUGAGCCAAUGCCUGCUGUGUUUUUCUUUCUGAUCGAUGUAUCAAUGAAUGCAAUACAGACUGGUGCAACUGCAGCAGCUUGCAGUGCAAUCACUCAAGUUAUCACUGAUCUUCCUGAAGGUCCUCGAACAAUGGUGGGAAUAGCAACAUUUGAUUCUACAAUCCAUUUUUAUAAUCUGAAACGUGCAUUACAGCAGCCUCUAAUGCUCAUUGUUCCUGAUGUACAAGAUGUUUACACUCCCCUCCAGACUGAUGUAAUUGUUCAGCUUUCCGAGUGUCGUCAACAUUUAGAGCUGUUACUGGAAAACAUACCAACCAUGUUUCAGAAUAAUAGAACUGCUGAAUCAGCCUUCGGUGCAGCAAUCCAGGCUGCUUUCUUAGCGAUGAAGAGUACUGGAGGAAAACUUCUGGUGUUUCAGUCAGUCUUGCCUUCAGUUGGCAUCGGAGCCCUUUCUGCCAGAGAGGCUGAAGGAAGAACUAAUAUCACUGCAGGGGAGAAGGAGGCCCAUAAAUUACUCCAACCAGCAGACAAAACUCUGAAAACAAUGGCAAUUGAAUUUGCUGAGUAUCAGGUCUGUGUUGAUGUUUUUAUUACUACCCAAACCUAUGUAGAUAUUGCAUCUAUUGCUGUCAUCCCAAGAACUACAGGAGGACAGGUGUAUUAUUAUUACCCCUUCUCAGCCCUUUCUGAUCCUGCUAAGCUUUACAAUGACCUUAGAUGGAACAUCACAAAGCCCCAAGGUUUUGAGGCAGUGAUGCGUGUCAGAUGCAGCCAGGGUCUUCAAGUUCAAGAGUACUCUGGAAACUUUUGCAGACGCAUUCCAACAGAUGUUGACUUACCUGGGAUUGACUGUGACAAAGCUAUCAUGGUAACAUUAAAACAUGACGAUAAGUUGCAGGAUGGCUCCGAAUGUGCUUUUCAGUGUGCCCUUCUUUACACCACUGUUUAUGGCCAGAGAAGAAUUCGAGUUACUACUCUCUCUCUACCAUGUACAAGUAUGCUAAGUAAUUUGUUCCGCUCAGCCGACUUGGAUACUCAAUUUGCAUGUUUUCUGAAGCAAGCGGCAAGUGAAAUUCCUUCAACACCACUCUCACAAGUUAGGGAGCAAGUGACGAACCUUUGCAUUAACAUUCUGCAUUCAUAUCGUAAAUUUUGUGCAACAGUAUCAUCAUCUGGACAACUAAUUCUUCCUGAGGCACUUAAACUUCUGCCUUUAUACACCCUUGCAUUGAUCAAAAGUAUUGGACUGCGAACUGAUGGGAGAAUAGAUGAUCGGUCAUUUUGGAUCAAUUAUGUUUCCCCACUUUCUACUCCUCUGGCAAUACCUCUGGUGUACCCGAGGAUGAUGGCUAUCCAUGACCUUAAUUCACAUGAAGGGGACAGGCCUCUUAUUCCUCCUACAAUUCCACUUUCCAGUGAGCAUGUUAGCGAUGAUGGAAUCUAUCUACUGGAGAAUGGUGAUGAUGGUUUGAUUUAUAUUGGGAAUUCGGUGAAUCCAGAUAUCAUGCGACAACUGUUUGGCAUUUCUUCGGUUGACGUAAUUCCUAGUCAGUUUGUGCUGCAGCAGUAUGACAAUCCCUUGUCAAAGAAACUAAAUGAACUGGUAAAUGAGAUAAGGCGCCAAAGAUGUUCAUACCUCCGCAUAAAAUUAUGCAGAAAAGGAGAUGCAUCAGGUCAGUCAAUUAAAACAACCCUCUACGAAAAUUACAAAGAAAUUAAGACUGGUGUGUUAGUGUGUCUAUACACAGUGAACCAAAAUAUCAUCAGAUUAUUCCACUCAAUGUGACCUGUGUCAUCCACUAUUCUCUUUCAUCCAAAAUUAUUUGAAAAGAGAUCUUUAGUGCUGUCUGGAUGUCCCAUGGAAAUUAAACCUUCCCAUUUAAAUUAUGCACAUUAUUUGAGAUGAGUCUGUCAUGUUUCUCCGUGGAUUUAAAAGGGGAAAAAACUUUUUCUGUUAUUUUAUUGUUGAUCACAAUAGGGUGUUUUAAUGAUUACAAGGAGGGUCUCAAUGUCAUUGCACUAGAACAGACUUCAUGCAAACUAGCGCUCAACUGCAUUGACAGUUGGACAAAGCACAAUAGAUUGAACCUGAAGAUUCGGUUGUUUUUAAGUAUUAUUAGCAUUACUAUGAUCAUUUAGUGUUUAUUCUGGUGAUCUAAUUUUCACUACCAAUUUGAAUGUUCAGUUGCAAUAUGAGGCAGAAUGGAAAAUUUUCAUUUUCAUGGAUGCCCAGAUUCUGACUCCACUAAUAAAAAUUUAAGGGGGACUUGCAAGACAUUUGGAUUGUUUUAAUUAGCAAAUUAUAGUCUGGUCUGGUCACUUGGGACCCACGUCUGGUCUUUCAUGAAGCAGUAGGUAGUGGAAUUGGGAUAUGGAUCAAACUGCCUGAUGUUAAAGACACUUUCCUGUUGCAUGCCUGCAGAACUUCUCUUACAUCAUCUUUUUAUAUGUAAAACUGAAGUGCCUUUUUUAUUUUUAUUUUUUAUUAUAGUAUAUGAACUUGUUUCAUAUCCAAGUAGGGGUGUGGGAGGUAAAUGUGUGAUCAAGUGCCAUGUCAUUUUGAAUUGUAUGAAAAUGUGAUUUUGUUAUGACUAACUUAAUUCAACCUGUGUUUGUCCUUUCUGUACAAAGGGAUGCUCUUCUUCUCAUUUAUGGUCGAAGACAAGACUGCAAUUGGACUCUCCUAUGUUGAAUUUCUAGUACAUAUCCAUCGGCAAAUCCAGAUCAAAAUGUCUUGAUCAAUUUAUGCGUCUUUGGCGGGUUUACAAGCUGUGAUGGCCCACACAUAUAGUUUGAAAUGAAAGAGAGAAAAAUGAGGCUGUGUUCUAGGAAAUGUGCUUGAAGAGUCGACACCUCAUCAUGCAUUGUUUUGUUGUGGAAGCAAAGCUGAGCUUGAGUUUUGAUGUAAUGGGUUGGAGUUAAAUAGGUGUAGCUGUAUUUACAGUUGUCAGUGGUGGUUAAUAAAUAAGUACAGGACAUACAUUUAUCCUUCUAGAUUCUGCUGGCUGUUUCUGGCCAUUUUUCCCAUUUUGUUUUGUUGCCAUUGCUUGUGUACUGUUAUUCUGUUGAAGACACACAGAAACCAUAAACAACAAAAAGAUAAAAAUUAUAGACCGAUUGGGUGUUAUUCAAAUAGAUGGUCUGUAAUUUUAUUUUA